CAGUGAUAAAAUACCAGACACUUCACUCCACUAUCAACAAUAUUUUUAACAUUUUACAAUAUUUUUAACCAUUGCAUUUAGAUCCAGUUGCUAUAUAUUUUGAAUACUCGAAAUUGUGAACUUCCUUAUCCCUUUUAUUUAUUAUUUUCGAUAGCAGGUACUUAAAAUUUAUUUUGAAGUUUUGUCAGACUUGAUUUAUGGGUGACGAAGAAGCGGCUACACUUGAGGGUCAGUUUUAUGAGUUCGCACUACUGUUUGACCACAAAAGAAAUGGUCUCACCAUCACAUUAUACAGAUUCGACUACUGGUUGAGACAGACGAAACUGCUAGACGAUAGAAGAAUCACAAUGACUGAUACUGGAAUAUCGUUUAAUAAAUUCAACAAAGCAGAAUUGAAUUGGGACGAAUUUCUAGAAUUUCUCGAAGAUCUGUGUGAAAUGAAAGACAUGGAUUUGGAGAAAAUGAAGGAAACUUUAACUAAUUGCGGACUCCCAGGACAAACACCGAUUCUGGUUCCUCAAUUCAGGGAUUACUUCUUAACGUAUAAACCAAAGGAAAAAUCGGCAUACUGAAUUUAUAUAACUUAUACUAGAGUUUUUAUAAUUUGUUUAUUGGUUUAGAACUUCUUUAGAUUUUAGAGAAUAAAAUUUAUUAAUAAUUAUAUGAUAAUUUUAGAUUUUUACUUGUUAGAUAUAUAUUACGGAUGUAUUUAUUUACUUUAU